AUGCUGGCCUCUAAACCGCCGUACGCCGCGAAUAUCGCAACACCCGCUCAGCAAGUGUCCAAUCGCAAUAUGUCCGACCCGAUCCAGAGGACACAUGUUUCCUCCACGGCUCUGCAAGACGGUCUCUUUACCUCUCCAACUGACUCCGAAUUCUCCGAUGUCUACGAUGGGCUGGACUCGAUUCGAGCGUGGGACGAGAAGAGAGUGGGCGAAUGGCUGCAUUCCAUCCGCUGCGGACAAUAUGAAUCGCUAUUCAAGGCAAACAACUUCACCGGGGAGAGCCUUCUGGAGUGUGACCAGAAGAUCUUGUCUGAGAUGGGCAUCAAAAAGAUUGGGGACAGAGUCCGGAUCAAUGUCGCUAUAAAGCAACUCCGUAACAAGUCUUCUUUGUCGCGAAGGAGGAAAAAUCGCGAUUCUCUUGCCAUCCUCGAAGGCUUCGCUGCCACUCCCUCUUCCGCCGCAGACUCUCCUCGCACUCACGCAUCAAGAUCGCAAGCCGGCAGCGCCAAGCGCUUCUCUCGCCAGCUCGAUCCAUCAGCUCUCCACAACUUUGGCUCCGUCGCUACCGAGUUGAAGGUCGGUUCAAGGCCGAGCUCUCCUCAUGCUGAUACCCAUAAUGGCGGUUUGAGACCCCAUCGAUAUGCCGGGAGUCCUGUGGACGCUGGUCGGGGCAAUGCAAGCACCGGAUAUUUCAGCCAGCCAGGUUCGGCCAGUUCCACCUCAGGGAGACGGCCCGAAACACCUCAGCUUGCAAGCCAGCCUACAAAGAGCUCUCACUUGCGGCAAAAUUCGAGCAUUGACGGUCUCACGCCUGGCGGGCUGCCUACCGGAUCUCCGGUUAUCAAAAUCAUCCACAACGGUGGACAGACCAAAGUGGUCAACAUUAAAUUCUGCCGGAAUGCGGACGAGGUGACUUCGACUGUGCUCAAGAAAUUGCUCCUCCCGGAGACCCACUUCCGUAACUAUUGUUUCUACGUUCUCAAUGGGCUCGAGCCUGAUCCAGCCAACUGUCGUCGGGUCAGUGAUAAUGAGCUUAUGAGGAUCUGCAACGAGACCACGCGCUCGGAGAGAAACAGGUUGAUACUGCGAAAGAUCAAUGACGGGCCACCCGAUCUGGAAGAGCUCCGCAAGGCUGCAAGAAUCGCAGCUGAAGAGUCACAAGUAUUGCACAAUAACGCCCUGAGUACCAACAACAUGCGAAAUCAGAUCAAACUCCAGAAGCUAACUGGCGAAUCCUGGCAUUCCAUACGCGCGCCUAUAUCUCCAGUCACCACUACCGACCGCAAUCGCAACAUCAUAGCCACUGCGGACGAGCAGGACCGACAAGAGGCACAGCGACUCAGGGUUCCUAGCACUCAGAGCUCGAAGCUACGGUCUUUCUUCGGUGCUCGACCCCCGAGCGAGAUGAUUGUGCAGGAACUGACUUCAUAUUUCCCGGCACACCAACGGGAGGACAUUGAGAAGACGAUGAGACUGUCGGUACGACGAUCACAACGAAUGAGCCGGGCGGCAAGUCGGUUGAGUGUGAUGAGCAACAUCAGUCAUGCAUCAAGUUUGAAAGAUGCGCCGCCAGUUCCCAGCAUUCCCAGCAUCGCCGACACAUGGCUGGCGCAGACUGGAACCGGUGCAAAAGCCCCUGCGGGGAGGCCGUUGUCGGUGGUGUCGACAAAGUUCAAUCUUCCCAAUGUAUCCUUUAGAGAUUCGAUUGCAUCAUCUACUCUACAUCCACUGCAAGAGGAGUCGGCCUCGCACGAACCGAACCGUAAGUCUUAUGUGUCAUUUGACAGCGGCUCAGACACGGCAGCUGCAAACGACAUCAUCAGGGGCAGUUACUUUGACGAGAGUCCGGCAGGAGACGGGCCAGGACUAGUGAGCGAAAACAUCAACGAACGACUCUCGGUCAUUGUCGCCGAGGAUGGCGAGGAAGAAGAUCAAGAAUUGACAUCGUUCCUCAAGGGCAACAGCUUCGACAAGAACAACUGGAUGAAAGGCGAUUUGAUCGGAGAAGGUUCCUUUGGCAGCGUGUAUCUGGCUCUGCAUGCAGUGACGGGUGAACUGAUGGCUGUCAAACAAGUUGAACUGCCCAAUGUGGCCAAGGGCACCGAAGGCGACAAGAAGAAGACGGCGAUGAUUGCGGCGUUGCGACAGGAAAUUAACCUGCUCCAGGGUCUUCGUCAUGAGCACAUUGUGCAGUACCUGGGCACGUCGUCGGACGAAGAACACCUCAACAUUUUCCUCGAGUACGUGCCCGGCGGCUCGAUCGCAGGCAUGCUGAAGCAGUACAACACGUUCCAGGAACCGCUGGUGCGCAACUUCACCCGCCAGAUCCUCGAGGGGUUGAGUUACCUACACGCCCGCAACAUCAUCCACCGCGACAUCAAGGGCGCCAACAUCCUCGUGGAUAACCGCGGCGCGGUCAAGAUCUCCGACUUUGGCGUCUCGAAGAAAAUAAACUUCAACGGCAUGAAUGCCGCCCCGGGAACCCGCACUUCCUUGCAGGGCAGUGUCUUCUGGAUGGCCCCCGAGGUCGUCCGCCAGAGCGGCCAGUCGAUCAAGUCUGACAUCUGGUCCGUCGGCUGUCUUGUUGUGGAGAUGUUUACCGGCUCGCGUCCUUUUCCUUCAAUGACGACACUGCAGACCUUGUUUGCCGUCGGCAGCAACAAUGAGAAGCCUUCGAUUCCUGAUGUUGCCAGCGAAGAUGCCAAAAAGUUCCUCAAUAAGACUUUCGAGGUCGAUCAUGAGAAGAGACCUUCGGCUGAUGAAUUGUUGAAGGAGAAGUUUUUGCUGCCUAUGCCCUUGGCGUGA